CAGAUUUUCUUACCACCAUUGACCUUUUAAAAAGUCAGGGUGGCAGGUAGUAAGUGGAAGGGGAGAAUGUUUCUGUCUCUUCCUACAUUGACUGUCCUCAUUCCAUUGAUCUCCUUAGCAGGACUGUUCUACUCAGCCUCCGUGGAAGAAGACUUCCCACAGGGCUGCACUAGCACAGCCAGCCUGUGCUUUUACAGUCUGCUCUUGCCCAUCACCAUACCAGUGUAUGUGUUCUUCCACCUGUGGACUUGGAUGGGUAUUAAGCUCUUCAGGCAUAAUUAAUGCACCCAGAGCCAAGAUGGGAUAUACAUUAAUGAUAAGUCUUGAGUGUCUAGCUCAACUGCAUGAAAAUACUGGAAACCCACUUAAUUUUCAGGGAAGAUGCUGUGCCUUGCUUCUGUCAGAGGCUGAGGACUGUGGGAGGCGUACACUGCAGAAGCUUCUUUCAUUAUACUUUGGUUCUGCCCUUGUUUUUUGAAGGUUCUAAUUUAUGACUGCUGUGUCAGAAGAAACGUUUCAACACAGUGUCUUAUUGGAAAUUAACAAUACCAACCAUCACCUAAUGGCUUUUCUUAUCCCUUUCAUCUAAAAAUUAAUAAUUUGAAAUUUUAUGUUUGUUUGAGAUUCAAAGUCUUUGAUAGAGUCACAUGUUCUACAGAUAACUGA